AUGCCCACCCAGCUGGAGAUGGCUAUGGACACCAUGAUUCGCAUCUUCCACCGGUACUCUUGCAAGGAGGGCGACAGGUUCAAGCUCAACAAGGGGGAACUGAAGAUGCUGUUACAGCGAGAACUCACAGAGUUCCUCACAUGCCAAAAGGAUCCCCAGUUGGUGGAUAAGAUAAUGCAGGACCUGGACGCCAAUAAAGACAACGAAGUGGAUUUUAAUGAGUUUGUGGUCAUGGUGGCAGCUCUGACGGUUGCGUGUAACGAUUACUUUGUAGAGCAAAUGAAGAAGAAAGGCAAAUAA